AUGAAUUCCAGCUCCGAUGAUCUCCGUCAUAUGAUGGACGAAAGCUCAGCCCGUUUUCACCCGAAACGAGGGAGGAUGCCUCGUGGACUGCUUCAACCUGAACGUCACGGCCGCGUUACAAUGGAAAUCAGCCGUCGUCUAUCGGUUAGAUCAACCGGCGACUCUCUUCUUCGUCCAAUUGUACACAACAUGAAAGUCUUCCCAACUAAUUUGAGUGUGACGUGA